CUGGCGGCGGUGAGGGUGUGUGUGUGCAGAAUAAUCGUCCCCUGGCGGCAACCGGAGGAGCUGGAGUGGGAGAAGAGGAACGGCUGAUGGCCGAAUGUGGCGCCGUGUGAAAAGUGGGCGCUUGAGCAGACGGUCGGUCUCUCUGCUCGUCGUCAGUCGGCGUAAAAAGAGGAGAGCGGUCCCGCCUUGUUUGCUACACUCGAGAGGUCAGGCUGUGGAAGAAAAAUUGGCCACGACGAUGAAAUAAGGAUGUAGCUCUUACUAAAUUGUACAGAGAUGGACAGUGAGGUGCAGAGAGAUGGGAGAAUACUGGAUUUGAUUGAUGAUGCAUGGAGGGAAGAUAAAUUACCAUAUGAAGAUGUGGCAAUACCACUGAACGAGCUUCCUGAGCCAGAGCAAGACAAUGGUGGCACCACAGAAUCUGUGAAAGAACAAGAAAUGAAAUGGACUGACUUGGCAUUGCAGUAUCUUCAUGAGAACAUUCCUCCAACAGGAAAUUAGUCUAUCAGUAAUACUUCCUAUUAUAGUUUCUCUAGAAAAUGUUUCUGGCAACUUUUCAUCACUCUUAAGAUGGAAAGAAAAGUUCUUGCUCCUGAGUCAGUGAUCCAACUUUUGGCCUUGACACCUCCACACAACUUUCAGUUCGUUGACAUUUCCUAGAAAUAGAUUUCCAGAUAUCAGGGUUUGUAUGUUUUUAAUGGUGCCUCAGGAUUAGGUUAUGCAAUAGAAACCAUUAAUAUGAAAUCUUAUCACUGUAGUAAUAAACAUCAGCAAAAUGUAGAUGGUAAAUGUCUGUCUCUAUUUGGCACUUGGUUGUGAGGCCUUUUAUAUUGUAAGGCAAGGUAAGGUGGGCAAGGUUUUUGACCCAAGAUCCUUAUCUGUUGGGGGGGGGGAAUCUUUAAGCAUCUCACUUUUUCCUUCUUAGUGUCUGAACAGAAAGAAGUUCUGCAGAAGAAGAUGGGACAGGUCAAAGCCAGAGGGGUGGGAAUUCCAUGCUGGCAGGCUCAUAAACAUCUUAUACUGAGACUGGUUUUAUUUCCCCACUGCACAGUCCAUCGUCUACCAUCUACAGCUGGAAACUGACAGUGGUGGACCUGCAUCCAUUUGGAAUGUAACAGUCUUCCUUUGGAAGGAAUGGCUAUCAUUCGGAUAUUUCCCCUGGGAGCAAAAAGGUAGAACGAUAUCACAGCAACAACGCUGCAUUUGCUUAGGGACCCAUUUCGCCUAAACUUUGUAAUCUGUGUCUGAAGUGAAAAAGAGGGUUGAUUAGAGCCACCAGGACAUCUCGGCAGAUUGAAGGAUUUCUGUCCAUGGAGUAUGAUUUUUUCCCCUCUCUGAAUGUAGCUGGAAAUGCUUUUCUUGGGGAUCCUCGGUCCCCCAGAAACUGCAUUUCGAGGACAUUUUGGGCUGGAGUGGGAGAGGUGAGAGAGUUGUGCUCUGUGGGCAAAAACCCUUCGGGCCACAGAAAUGCUCAGUGGAUUGAAGCCAGAGUAAUAGGGGGGACUGCAGUGCCCAAAGCCUUAUAAAUCCUGGAAAAGAAGGGUCAAUCUAACAGCUGAGCCCUGCAGGUCCAUUCUUUGUGCAAAUGAAAUUGGCAAUUCUUUAGUUAUUUGAGUGGGCCUACUGCCAGGUUUGUUUAUUUACAAACUUUAUAUCCCACCUUUCUGCCCUUGCAAAGGCCACCAAGUUGGCUAACAAUUUAAAACGUGUGUGAUAAAAUUACCUUAGAAAACCAUUAAAGUUAACCCCCCCCUCCAAAACAUACCUCUUUAAAACAAUGUUUAAAAGAGUUUAAAAAGAGAGUUAAAAUACAUACAAAGAAGGAGGGAUCAUUGAGGGAAUGCCAGAGGAAAUAAAGGCCUCACUCCCUGGUGGAAGACGGCAACAGAAGGGGACAGUCAAGUUUCCCUGGGGAGAGAGUUCCAGAGCUUUGGUGCCAUGACCAAGAAGGCACCAGACUAAAAAAAUCAUGUCUCUGUUAGCUCGCCUGUUGUUCUUUGAGCAAUAAAUAAUAGUAAAGAAAUGUUUUCAAUCAGAUGAAGCCCUUAUAAUGAGGUAGGGGGUGCUGAGUAACUAUCCUAUGCAAUAGAACAAAUUUUGAGUCAAGUGGCACCCUUGAGACCAACAAAGUUUUAUUU